AUGGGAUUUGCAGAAUACCUCAUCAACAUGGUGCGGAACUUGCUAUCCAAUAAUUGGUACUCCAGUCUGAUCAAUGGUCAAGCUUCAAAUUACUUUCACUCAAUAAGAAGGUUUAAACGAGGCGAUUCUCUAUCUCCAGCCUUGUUUAUACUCUCAGCAGAGGUACUAUCUAGAUCUUUGAAUAAACUAUUUGAAGAUAAGAGUUUCAAAGGAUAUGGAAUGCCUAAGUGGACUGACCCAUUGAAUCAUUUGGCGUAUGCUGAAAACACUAUCAUUUUUGCUUCUGCUGACCCUUACUCUUUGCAAAAGAUAGUGGAGCUCCUGGCUAUGUAUGAGCACACCUAUGGACAAUUGAUUAACAAGGCAAAAAAAUCAUACUACAUGCACGAAAAUACUUAUGGAGCUUUGGUUAACACAGUAGGAACCAUCACUGGCUUUUCAAAAGAAAAUUUUCCAUUCACCUAUCUUGGAUGCCCUAUCUUCUACAAAAGAAGAAGAAAGAUAUACUACAAUGAUCUUAUUAAAAAGGUCAAGAAUCAACUGCAUUCAUGGAAGGGCAAACUAUUGUCGUAUAGAGGCAAAUCUACUUUGAUCUCAAGUGUUCUAUAA